UUUUAUUAAAGUUGCUCAAAUUCAACUUAUACAUUUAAAUUAUUCAUUUGUUGUUUUUAACGUUGAAAUUGUUUCACAACUAAAUAUUCAGGAAAAAAAACAGAGCAGUAACAAUGAUGAUAAUUAAUCGCUUCAAAAGCAGAGCCGCCCUGACGCUAAUAGCAUUAUUCGUCGUUCGAUUCUUAUCGAUUCUGUCGGUAAUCGAAUUUGACGAGAUGCAGCUGACGCGGGACGUUCGAUACAAGGCCGGGAAGGAUGACUUGGCGUACAUACGGAGAGAAUCAAUAUCUCCGAAGUUCGGUAAGUGCUGGCUGGACGCUCUCAACAACCUGCAGACCGGAUGCGACCUGAUGGAUGAAGAUGAAUUGCAUCGUAUGACCUUCUCGUUCGCAAACUGUUUCCUACUAAAAACCGGUAGGCAGUCGGAGAAAUGCGAGUCUGACGAGAGUAUCGAUACUUGCACAGGCCGUUUCAACUCCGAAUCGUACGCCGUCUACACAAAAUUUUUUACGCACACACAAAACGUCUGCUUCUUUCUGCAGGCUCAAAAGUGGCAAGCCUCAACCAGACAGACGAUCAACAAACUGGCCGACACGUCAUCCGUGGUAGCCAACCAACUGGAGAGCUCUAACGAGCUGCAAAAGGAAAUCCUGAAAAAACAAUUAGAUUCGAUCCGAAUACAGGAGGAGCUGUUGGAUAGUGGAACAUCCCUGAAGAAGACUUUGGAAGAAUCGAAAGUGGGAAUCGAAGGAAUGGUGAAUGAUUUCAUGCUGUCAUCCACGGAGCAGAGGAAUUACAUAUUUGAUAUCUUUGAUAAAGUAAGCUCUCUGCAAUCAUUAGUAAUAGGCGAAAUGUCCGGCUGCCUAUCUUUAAUUUUUUACUUGACGUCAAUCAUGACGUCAUAUCUGCUGACGUCAGCCAAGCAAACGUCAUCGGCGAGAUUUCCAAUCUUCAUCGUCAUGUCAGUUAAUUUUGCCAUUGAGAGGAUCCUCUUCACAAUGAUCAGAAGAGAUGCUGAUGAUCGUGUUGCUGGCGCUUCUGCUGUUGAGGGAAUAUAUAACUUUAGUGAGCUGGAUUUUUACAGAUGUAGAAAUAAUUCGAGACUGUUGUUCGCCGCGGUGUCUCUUGUGAUCUUGCUCUGCUGUGCCUUCAGGUACAAGGAUUACAUUGCUAUUAACAAUAAUCUACUGAACGAACUGAAGAGACAAACUGAAGAGAUUAGGACUAUACUGCUCGAUCAACCAGCGUCACCAUCACCAUUAUCCUCAUCGCCGCCAUCAUCAUCUUCCUCUUCUUCAUCACCAUCAUCUUCAAAUGAUGUGACGUACAAUCCUCCUGAUAAUGAUGACGACACAUCGUCUUUAUGGUCUUCCAGAACAUUGCGAGAACUGAAAGAUGACGUCAAAUUUCUACAGCUGUCAACGCCUUAUAAGGAAAUGAUGGUAUCGCUAUCGGAUACCGGCGAUGUCACAAAUACCGAGAAUUCUUACCACUCUCAGAUAACUGAAUCCGCCAAAAGAUACAACCUAAGGAAGAGAAACAUGGAAUGCAAGUUCAUUGACGACGGAUCGCUGAGCGAAAGUCCGAAAGAAUUUUUCCAAAAGAUGAAAGCCUGCAAGAGUGUCUGUCUAAAAUAGGAAAUUAGGAAGUUGUAAUUAUUGUUCUCUGUUGAUGCACCUGAAAAAAUUUACAUAUCUUUGUUUCUAUGGCAACCAAGCAAGCCGUGUGUUUGUGAUUCAUAUAAAUGUUUCAAUAUUAAAAUUAAAAUAACAGUUCCGACAUUUUUAAAAUGAAUUUUAUUGAGUUAAUUUGACAUUUAAGAAUGAAUUUGUGCAGUUUAAAUCGGAUUACUGAACAGUGUUUAAUUAUAAAAAAUAUAAUGGCGCCUUCAUUCGGUCCGUGUGCUAUGGAGAUCAUGGUGAAUACGCCGACAAACAAACUCCUAAUCACUAAAUUAGGAAAAUUUAUAUUAGGUAGUGUUGAUGUUGAACACCUGGUAUUAAAAAUUAUAAUUAGAUCAGGGCUGAAACAUGAAUGUGUUUAUGGUGAUGGUAGUAAAUCGUUUGUCAUACUGCUGCAUAGUUUGCUGUCUAAAAUAACUUGUCUUGUUCCUAAGAUAUCAAAGAAUGCUUCAUAUUCAAGAGUCUGCGUGUUAAAAUGUUUAAAAACAUUUCAAUCUAUGAUUUUUGACAAGAUAUUAUGUGUUAAAAUAUUUAAAUUAUCAUUGAAGUUCAGCA